UACGUAAUGAACAGAAUUGUGAAAUAACCUUGCACCAUGGACUUCAGCUGUUACAUAGGAACAGCACAGGAAUAGGUCUUUCAGCCCACAAUGUGGGCGGUACGGUGGCGUAGCGGUAGAGCUACUGCCUUACAGCGCCAGAGACCCAUAUUCGAUCCUGCUACGAGUGCAUGUCUGUAUGGAGUAUCUACGUUCUCCCCGUGACCUGCGUGGAUUUUCUCCGAGAUCUUCGGUUUCCUCUCACUAUCCAAAGACGUACAGGAAACAAUGCCACCCUCAAAUAAUUCUUGGUCCUCAUCUCAGGAUGACAGCGAAGGUUCCAAGCUUCUGAGAAAGUCAAAAGAGUCACCGUUCAUUCCAAUAGGUAUCGCCGGAUGUCUUGCUAUUGUGGUGCUGGGUUUACAAAGACUGCGCAAAACAGACCAGAAGAUGUCGGUACAUCUCAUCCACAUGAGAGUGGCUGCUCAAGGCUUUGUGGUGGGAGCGAUUACGUUGGGUGUCGUCUACUCCAUGUACAAUGAUUACUUCAGGAAACCUCGACAGGGAUAGCAAUCCUUGGAAAAAGAGGACUUGUUUUCGAAUUGGAGUCAAGCCUCGACUUGCCGUGGAUUUCAGAAGCAUGGCACAUACCUCACGGCGAGGACUGGCGUGCACUGUGUUUCCAGCGCGUUGAAGCUUUCAGUAAAGCUUUCUUCCUCUGGUCUUCACGACCACA